CUCCUUCCUCCCCCGCGGGCCCAUCCACUUGAGCUACCCCGCAGCACCUCAGCGCCCCGAUCCCUGGGGAGGGGUGAAGGUACAAGGAGGGGGAGCAGAGGAGGGAGCGGUGCGCGCCUCCCUCCAGGGCUUGCGAAGGCGCAGCCUCCUCCGCAGCAUCCUCUGGCCCGCGCACCCUGCUCCCCCUGCGCGCGGAUGGUACGCUCCGGCCCGCCUGGCCCGGCUGCAGUGGACGUUGCUAGAACCCACGCGGAGGAAGGAAGAGACGCAGGCAGGCUGUGCUGACCCAAGCGGCCGCCCCGAGAGACCGGCAGAAUGACACAGGGAAAGCUCUCUGUGGCUAACAAGGCCCCUGGGACCGAGGGGCAGCAGCAGGCAAAUGCUGAGAAGAAGGAGACUCCGGCAGUGCCCUCGGCCCCACCCUCCUACGAGGAAGCCACCUCUGGAGAAGGGUUAAAGGCAGGAGCUUUCCCUCCGGUCCCCACAGCUGUGCCUCUGCACCCCAGCUGGGCCUAUGUGGACCCCAGCAGCAGCUCUGGCUAUGACAACAGUUUCCCCACCGGACACCAUGAGCUUUUCACCACCUACAGUUGGGAUGACCAGAAAGUUCGCCGGGUUUUCAUCAGAAAGGUCUACACCAUCCUGCUGAUCCAGCUGCUGGUGACCUUGAGUGUCGUGGCUCUCUUUACCUUCUGUGACCCCGUGAAGGGCUAUGUCCAGGCCAAUCCAGGCUGGUACUGGGCAUCCUAUGCUGUGUUCUUUGCCACCUACCUGACCCUGGCUUGCUGUUCUGGACCCAGGAGGCACUUCCCCUGGAACCUGAUCCUGCUGACCAUCUUUACCCUGUCCAUGGCCUACCUCACUGGGAUGUUGUCCAGUUACUACAACACCACGUCUGUCCUGCUGUGCCUGGGCAUCACGGCCCUCGUCUGCCUCUCAGUCACUGUCUUCAGCUUCCAGACAAAGUUUGACUUCACCUCCUGCCAGGGUGUGAUCUUCGUGCUGCUCAUGACCCUCUUCUUCAGCGGACUCAUCCUAGCCAUCCUCCUACCCUUCCAAUAUGUGCCCUGGCUCCACGCAGUCUAUGCCGUGCUAGGAGCGGGUGUGUUUACAUUGUUCCUGGCAUUCGACACCCAGUUGCUGAUGGGUAACCGACGCCACUCGCUGAGCCCUGAGGAGUAUAUAUUUGGAGCCCUCAACAUUUACCUGGACAUCAUCUAUAUCUUCACCUUCUUCCUGCAGCUUUUUGGCACUAAUCGGGAAUGAGGAGCCCUUGCCAUCCCAUGCCCUCCUCCAGAAAAUGCCCCUUCUCCGUCCCCUAAUCCUGUGCUCCUGCCAGACCAACAUAAACUCGCUGCAGCCAGCCUGUGGCCAGCACUCAGUCCCUCAGCCAGCCCUCGCACACCCUCUGCAGCUUGUACAUAUGCCACCUUUGGGUGCCACGGAACUGAGCCCACACUGCCCCCUGUGCCCCUCUCCUCACAAUUACAUCUCCCAAACUGGGAAGUCAAGGCUGAAGGCCCCUGGGUUUGAGGACCCAAAGGACAGUGGGAGGAGCCCAGGAGGACCUGAGACUAGAGAAGGAGACCCCAGGAAGCCUAGCUGAUGCCUGUGCCACACCAAGAUUCCUCCUGGGCCUGAAGCCACCCUGGGCACACUGUCCUGUGUCCAGCCUACCUCUCCUCUCUCUCUUCCAGGCCAAGCAGUGCCGUCCUGGAAGGAAGGAGGAGGGAGGCUUGGAGAUGAGGGAAGGGUGCCGUGCAGAGGGGGAUGGGACUGUGCAGACUCCCACCUUCUCUCAAUUCUAGGGCCAGCACUUGCUCUGGGGACUUGGGACCUGGGGAAAGGGACAGGAAGUCAGUACUUCUGCUGAUUGCCUUAGUGUGCCCUCCUGGAUCAGGACAGGGCACUGUGGAGCAGGAGGUAAGGGCAGGAGGCACUGAUCCUAAGUGAGGGCCUGUCCUGGGCUUCCGGGGCUCCCCAGAGAACCAACUGGGGAGACUGGGCUCUGCAGUAUGGGCAACUCCCCAGACCUGCGUCCCCUCAGGAGGUGCUUGGGGUUAGAGGCCUAGGACCCACAUCUUCAUCUUCUUAGCCCUACUUGGGCUGCUCCCACAGCGCCGAGGAGGAGGGAGGUGCACUGGGGUCUCCUGCUAGUGUUCUAGGGAGGAAGCAGCUCUGGCUGCUGGGCCAGCCCCAUAUGGAGGGAUCCUGCCCUGCCCCGGCCCUACCCGAGCCUGGGCCUGAGUCCCUCCUGCAUGUCUUAUUUCUUAAGACCUUCCCCAUCCACUCCCAUUCACUGGCUUAUCCCCAGGCAGGUCUCCUGAGGCCUUAGGAGUUGGCAGUGUCCACCUACAUACCCUUCUUCCCUGGCCACUUGACCCAGCCCAGAGUCCCCGAGUCCCUGCCCCCUUAUCUCCACAUCUCUCAAUCUGGAAGCUGUCCAGCUGAUGCUGACAGCCAGGGUCAGCCCCUCAAGCUGGUCCCAUGUGAUAUGAGGCCAAGGCUCCUUAUCAGCCUCCAGGCGGCUGGGAUCUCAGGCAGGGUGUGCGUCAGCCACCCCGCUCCUGGCUGGGUGCCUGGUGGGGAGUGCACAACAGGGGACCACACCUGGGGCAGUGUGCAGCCAGCACGUGGCCAACUCCGGGCCAGUGGAAAGUUACUGAGUGGAGGCAAAAAGGCCCUAGGUGGACACCAGGACCCUCCCUUGGCCUCUAAUUUCUGUGCUGUCUCCUCUUCCUCCCAUGCCAGGGCUUCUGUCUACUCCUAGGAAGGGCAACUAGGUAUGCUAUCCAUCCACUCCUGACCCCACCCACCCCCUCUUUCCUACUUCUAGCUUUCAAGAAUUAUUACAGACCUAUUUGAAGUUUUGUUCUAUCUUGGGUAUUUGAGGAGAGAAAGAAUCAAGGACCAGCAGGUGAUAUGUGUGAGGUAAAGGCAACUGGGGCAUGGAGGAGAUGCCCACUGUGUGCUGGUCUAAAUUGAUCCCUGCACCAGUGCUACAAAGACAGUGUUCUUCGCAGCCCCAUUGUGUAGGGCAAAGCCCAGGUGCUCAGAAAGACUUGGUAAUGAGUCCAAGGUCACACAGCAGUGGUGGAUCUGGGAUUCAGAUCCAAGGCUGCCUCACUCAAAAAGCAUCACUCUUGGGACUGGGCUGUGAGGCUUAAUGGUAAAGUGCUUGCCUAGCGUGCACAAGGCCCUGGGUUCAAUCCCCAGCAACACACACGGGACAAAAGCCCUCAAAGUUUCCCUCCAGCCUGAGAGAGGCUGGAAUGAAACAGUGUGGGAGCCAAGAGGUUGGGGUCAAGCCCAACAUCUCUGAGGACUUGUGGCCUAGAGUGCCGCCUGGCCUUGCACCUGCCCUCUCCCAGCCUCCCUAGAUUUUGAAUGCUGAAGUUUCCACUCCCUGGAUACCAGCUGGGCGACAGGGUUUCUAGGAAUUAGAAUUUCUGAUUCCUAGCCUCACUGCCAUCAGGAUUGUGGUAUUAGCAUACCAAGUAUUUCUUGCUCUCUGUGAUUCCUAACCACAGGAUGGAAGUCUGUGGCCAGUGUGGGGCAGGGAGAAGCACCAGGACACUUACUUCCAUUGACUUCCUGCCCUCCAAAGCCGCCUUAGUUUGGUUUCCUAAUCUCUGGCCUCUAGUUCUAGGACGGUUUGCCACCCCCACCCCCCUUGGCCUGCCAUUCUCACACUGGACAGCUUCCCAGAAUCCACUUGUCCAAACCCUCCUUUUCUUUGGAGAAUUUAUGCAGAAAUGGAAUUGAGUAAAUUUUCCACAGCUGGGCUCCAAAAGACUGGAGGAGAGGCAAGCCUUCAACCAUAAAUAAAGUGACCUGGGCACAAAUCA